CCUCAUAUCCACUCUCUAUCUGCCUCUCUCUCUCUCUCUCUCUCUCUCUCUCAAGCAGUUCACUUUUUAACCUGCUUCACUCUCUCAAACAAUGGCUUUAGAGGCUCUCAAUUCUCCCACUACUGCUCCAACUUCUUUCACCUACAAGCAAGAGGAAGACGAUGAUGAGCUUGAUCUUCACUGGUCCAAGGGCAAGCGUUCUAAACGACCUCGUUUUGACUCUGCCAACCCUCCUUCUGAAGAAGAGUAUCUCGCUCUCUGCCUCAUCAUGCUCGCCCACAGCGGCCACAACAAAACAGCCACAGACUCCGCCUCCGCCGCCUCUCCGCCGCGUCCUUCUUCUUCAUCAUCGCCUCCCAAUAAUAAUCCUAUCAAGCUAGCUCAUAGGUGUACCGUCUGCAAUAAAGUAUUCUCUUCUUACCAAGCACUCGGUGGCCACAAGGCCAGCCACCGCAAGUCCUCCUCGGAAUCCGCCGCCGCCGCCGACAACGCGUCCACCUCCUCUGGUACCGGCACGGGCAGGAUGCACGAGUGUUCCAUCUGUCACAAGGUCUUCCCUACUGGUCAGGCCUUGGGUGGGCAUAAGAGAUGUCACUACGACGGCGGCAACGCGAACAGCAGUAGCGCCGGCGCCGGCGUGUCCUCGUCCGAGGGAGGCGGCGCGUCCACUGUAAGUCUCCGGGGGUUUGACUUGAACCUGCCGGCACCCCUGAUGGACUUAUCACCGGUGGGACUCGGUUCCGGCGGAGAUGAUUCCGGGAUGAAGAAGAGUGUGGAGCAGGAGGUGGAGAGUCCGUUACCGGUAGCAGCCGGUAAUAAGAGAAGUCGUGUGCUUUUUACCAGUGAAAUGGACGAUGUAAAGCCUUCUUCGCCUGCGUCGUUAUAAAAUUGAUACGGUUCUUAGAAUACAGUGAAUGAAAUGAAUUGAUUUGUAAUUUAAUUAAUAUCAGUUUCUUGAUUGAUUAGGAUGAGACUUGAUUCCUUUUUCACUUAUUGCUUUCUUGUCACUCUGUACAGACAUAUUUGUUCAUUGCUUUUUUGUCAUGAAAUAAAUUUACCAUUCUCAUUUUUAUUUA